AUGUCCAACUUCGAUGCUGCUCCUCCCAACACCCAUGCUGGUGGCGAUGACGAUGCUCUUCGCACGAAGGGUGACGAUCCGAUGAACGCUCCUGCAACCUACGAGAUUGCCGACGAGAGAAUGAACAUGGAGGAGUACGCGAGAACUGUGCCGUUGUGGCGGCGAGUCUGGCAGCAUAGUCUGACGCAGAUGAUACUUAUCAGUAUACAAGCGUUCUGCGGUCCUGCUAUGGCUGAUGCUAUUGCUGGGCUUGGUGGAGGUGGUUUGGCUACCCCUCGAACGUCUAACAUCGCGAACGCAAUCAGUUACGCCAUGCUUGCUGUCUGCUGUGCCCUUGGAGGCCCCAUCGUUAACAAACUGGGCACCAAAUGGGCAUUGGUCAUUGGCGCCUGCUCUUUCCCUAUCCGCGGUUCAUCAUACUACUGCAACUCCAAAUUUGGAAACCAAUGGUACCUAAUUCUGGGUGGAUUCAUUGACGGCAUUGGGACAGGCACUUGGUAUGUUGCAGAGUCGGGCACAAUCAUGUCCCUUGCUCCAUCAGGCUCUCGUGGAAAGUACCUAGCGCUGUGGAUUGUUGCUCGGAAUCUUGGACAGCUGGUGGGAGGUGCUAUCAACCUGUCUAAGAACUAUACAAAGGGUCUGGAAGGCGGUGUAACGCCUGAUACAUACAUCGCCUUCUUGAUCAUUGAGUGCCUGGCAGUGCCGUUCGCUUUCCUCAUCUCACCUCUCGAGCGAGUCGUUCGGUCUGAUGGAACGCGCAUUCUCGUUUCGGAGAAGCUAUCAACCAAAACGGAAUUUAAGCUCAUCAAGGUCACGAUGACAUCGAAGCUCAUUGUGCUAUCCGCCAUGUGGGCGCUCUGGUCGUUCUUCUACAGUGGAACUUGGUCGACUUACCUAGGAAUUUAUUUCACCGUUCGGGCUCGCGCACUCUCAUCGCUUGUCUCACCCUUCUUCUGCAUUGUCGGCUGCUUCGGUCUUGGCUUCAUCCUCGACAUAAAGAGCCUCAGUCAGCGCCGCCGCGCCCAAAUUGGCCUCUUCGUCAUCGUCAUCACCAAUCUUGCCGUAUACAUCUGGUCAAUCGUGAUGCAGGUGAGAUUCAACAGCAACAACCCUGGCAAGAUUGACUGGGAUGAACCGCUCUAUGCGCGCUCCUUCUUACCGUACUUCUUCGUCCAGACAACUGGACCUCUGUCCCAGUCGUACAUGUACUGGUUACUAUCGUCCUUUGCGACCGAUGCUCAAGCAAAUGUCCGCAACGGAGCUGCCUUUCGCUGUAUUGAGGCUAUUGGUCAAGCCAUCUCAUUCGGCAUGAACACUCAGAUUGAGACCAGCCCUCUUAUCGGCUUUUGUGUGACCUUCGGCUUAAUGGGUCUAGCUAUAGUCCCAAUGCUGAUGCUUGUCAACUCAACACCAGACCGCAUCCCUGCCGAUGUUAUUGCCGAGGAGAUGGCACGUGAGGAGAAAAAGGUCGGUACGGUUCAGGUUGAGUCGAAAGCUUAG